GUGCAGUCACUUUUUCACUCCUGUCACAUUUUCGCUCCACUUGGCCCUUUGGAAUCAGUAUUUUAGACAAUCGAGCAGGCAACACACACUGAAAAAUUUAAUGUUAGCUUAGAGCUUGAUUUGGGGAAAACAGUUCUAGCACUUUCAGCGUGAUGAACGAGGAACUCGCCAAUCCGCCCGUCGAUCCGAGCAUCGCUCAAAGUGACUAUUCGCGUGGUCGGUUCCUGAACCAGAGCUCCAUGACACUGACUCAGGGAUUCGACUCCACCCGGCUGCUUUUCAGGGGCGAGAACUUCCAGCAGACGCGCAGCGAACAGGAUUACUUCUUCGACUGCCAAGAACCGGGUGAGAAUUCGCCGAGGGAGGGCCGCAGUGCCACCAGUCGGUGCAGGCUGGAUGAUCCGGCAGCGAUACGAGAGGCCCUGGAACGGGCGGCCAAUGCCACUCAGAUGCUACUCAAGAACUUUGACACGGCCGGUGGCUGGAAUCAGCCGUGUGCCGUCACCCUGGAGUUGACCGCUCGGCUGGUUGACCCCAAGAAGGGUCGCGCUGGUUGCCCGCUGCACGGGAAGCCAGUCACCGUCCAGAUGCCGCUGGAGUUCAAUCCGCAGAGCGGGAAGGUGGCCAGGUGCCAGCAAAGGAAGCCGCCGGCCGUCAGGAAUCAAAAAGAGUCCAUCUGCCAGUGCCGCUCGCAGCAGCAUAUGCGUUCCGCUCCAAGGGCUCCAAAGCCCACCUCAGGUAAAUCCGCCAGCGAACACUUUCGUCCACGUGAAUCGCAACAGCUAACCGAAGGGACCGCCAGUUCGAUCUACAUGGGAAGCUGUGGGGAUUCAACAUCUCACUAUACCCGUUGCGCUCCGGCCACUUGUUCCCGCUGGCACGACCCGGAGGCACGGGAGGUGAUCUCUAUAUGCUACUUGCCCGUGCAAGACAUCGAACCAGAGCCCGUUCUUAUACCAGAGGCACUGCCAAUUGAAGAAUCGGAGGUGGAGCUAGUUCCAGAGGCCCCGCAGGAGCACUUGAUAAUCUAUGCUCCAGAGCCGGACCAGCAGUCCACCGAGUCGAAUGAAUCCGAUGAGCUGUUGUCUAGCGAGGAGGAGAUAUUAGAACCGCAACCGCAGGAAGAGACGGGACCGCCGCCGCAAGAAAGGGCGCCGGGUAGCAAGCGGUACUACCUUGCCCUGCCCCAAAACAAGGAGUUCUCCAACUGCUCGCCCUGCCGCUUCGAUCCCAGUCCCAUUAUGGACGAGGAUGGCAAUGUUUUUUGUCCCGGCAACUGUGGCUGCUGCAUGUGUCCGUGGAAGAAACGCUCUUUCGCUACUAACAAAGAGCACACCAAUGUCAAGGUUUGCCGCUGCGUACAGCGCGGCACCAUCUUCACAAAGUUCGAGGAUCGGGAGGUCUGCAGCCAGACCUCCUACUUCGACUUUUGUCCGUGCCGCGAAAAGGCGGAGGCCAAGUUCUUAGAGUUGUACCACGUUGAUAUGUGGUCCCGUCCGGAAAUUACGCGGGGUCGCGAGAUCCGACUUACGGAGAUCAGGGAACUGCUCGUCCCCACGAGCCAUCCAAACGAAUAAAAUGUGUUUGCCCAUCGAAUCAAA